AUGGAGGCGGCCGUGGGCGUGGACUCGGGCCCCGCGGCGGGCGCUCCCAAAGCCGGUCGGUCCCCUCCCGGCUCCGCGGCUGGAGCUAAUUCGCAUUGCACCAAAAUCGGCCUCCUGACAAUUGCGGGACGCCGAGGAGAGCGGCUGGGGGCGGGCGCGAGCGGGACCCGCAGUCAUCGCCUCGUGGCCCCCUGGGGCGAGCAAAAACUCGGCAGGGGUACUCGGGGGCUGCGCGGAGAGGGGGAUGCGGGGACGGCCUGGGCGGGCCUGGCUGCCGCUCCCGGCUUCUGGGUCUCUCCGCCCAGCACUGCGGCGUCGGCCGGAACCCGGGACUUGGCGGAGAGGGAGCCUUGGCCGCACCUCUCCUGCGAGGGCUGCCGCUCCGUGCCAGGCUGCCAGUGCCUAACGCUGUGUUUGUCUCUUCCCGACUCCAGGAUUCAGAAGGAACUGGCAGACAUCACUUUAGACCCUCCACCCAACUGCAGCGCUGGUCCCAAAGGUGAUAAUAUCUAUGAGUGGAGAUCCACCAUUCUAGGGCCUCCAGGAUCUGUGUCAGGUGGUGUCUUCUUGCUCGAUAUUACUUUUACACCACAAUAUCCCUUCAAGCCUCCGAAGGUUACAUUUCGGACAAGAAUCUAUCACUGUAAUAUUAACAGUCAAGGAGUUAUUUGCUUGGACAUAUUGAAAGAUAAUUGGAGUCCAGCACUAACCAUUUCUAAAGUCCUCCUUUCCAUCUGCUCACUUCUUACAGACUGUAAUCCUGCCGACCCUUUGCUGGGCAGCAUUGCCACUCAGUAUAUGACCAAUGGUGCAGAACAUGACAGAAUGGCCCAACAGUGGACCAAGAGAUACGCUACAUAA